AUGACUUCACGAAAAUCAAUAAAUAAUUUAUCAGCAUUAAGAAAUCCAUUUGAAAGAGAAAUUAUUUUGGAAUAUGAAAAACUUUGUCAAGGAAUUGAAAAGCUCAAUCAAACGAUUGUUGAAAUGAAUACUACAGAUGUUAUUACAUUAAUUGAUCAACUUCGUACAAUGGAAAAAAAAGUUGGACUUGUCUACACAUUGUUUAGAGCUUCAGCUUAUUCUUUAAAUAACACUGACAAUAAUAACAAUGUUGAUGAUGUUGACAAUGUUCUUUCAACUGACAGAGUUCUCUUUAUGAUUUGA